UCCAAUGAGCGCGCUCGGUGGGUACGCAGAACCAGACGGUUGUGAAGUCUAUUAGACACUGCUUAUUAUUGAUAAAGAAGGUCUAACAUCAGCUGUGGUAGCAGGAAACUUGGGAAUUAGUGGGUCUUAUCGCUGUGGCUCUGCACCCAAGACUCACUGCCAACUCUGCUACCCCGAAGCUUUGAUACGGAACAAUGCCUGGCAAAGCAGCGGUGACAGUGCCGCUCCCAGCCGCAGAGGCUCCUCAGAAGUCUUGCCCUUUUGUUUUAAAGAAGAUCAUGGAUAUCCCACCUCCUAAUAUCCUGGAGGAAGGGGACGACGACAUAGAGAAGGAAAAGCAGUGCUCCUCUGAGGAUGUGGAUGGAGGUGGUGCUGUGGCAUCCAGUGCUGGUGGAGGCUCUAGAGGAGGUGGUGGUAGUGGGGCGGGCGCAGGAGUGUCAGCCUCCCUGACCCCAGCCAUCUGGGAGAAGACCAUUCCUUAUGAUGGCGAGACCUUCCACUUGGAGUACAUGGAUCUGGACGAGUUUCUCCUGGAGAACGGGAUCCCCGUGAGUCUGGAGGAAGAGGAGCUACAGAGGACUCUGACCUCAGUGGAGACCAAAGGCAAGCCCAUUCCUAAAGUUAUCGCUUUGGCUCCCGCUGCACCACUCGCUGCCCCUCCGGUAGCUGCUGUCAACGAAGUCUCUAUCCCAGAACCGCCUGAUCCUUCUCCCUCCAAGGUCAUUACAGAUGCGGAGGAAAGCGUGACAGUCACUACAUUGCAACCAGCCAAACUGGAAGAGGAGGAAGAAGAGAAGCGACAAGAAGAGGAAUCUUUGACUGAGGAAGCACCAGCAGAAGCAGAAGUGAAGAAAACAGAUAAAACUACAGAACGAAACACGCCCUCCCCCAUUGACCCAGACGCCAUUGAGGUGGACAUCAAUUUCCAACCUGAUCCCACAGACCUGGUCCUGUCCAGCGUUCCUGGGGGAGAGCUGUUCAACCCUCGCAAGCACAAGUUCUCCGAUGAGGAGCUGAAACCCCAGCCGAUGAUUAAGAAAGCCAAGAAAGUGUUUGUUCCAGACGAACAAAAGGAUGACAAAUACUGGUCCAGGAGGAAGAAAAACAAUCUGGCAGCGAAGCGUUCCCGUGAUGCGCGGCGGCUGAAAGAGAACCAGAUCACGGUGCGCGCCUCCUUCCUGGAGCGGGAAAACGCUGCACUGAGGCAGCAGGUUGCUGAGCUGCGGAAGGACUGCGGCCGCUGCAAGAACAUUGUAGCCCGCUACGAAGUCAAGUAUGGCCCUCUGUAGGAAAAAAAGAGAGAAGAAGAAUGAAAUAAAAAGUAAUCUAGAAUCCAUGAAACAUCAAUGAGACAGAAGCAGAACUCCCUUCCCCGCAGAAUCCCAACACAGACACAACCUAAAUUUGCACUGUUGUUUUCACCAACCUCCAGUCACUGCGUCAAGCUCCAGCUGACGCCUCUUAACAUGAUGCGGGAGUUUUGGACACACUGGGAGGUGGUGGGUGCGAUGGGAGCGGUGGUCGCAGGAAGGCCUGUGGAGAGCGCCUGGCUCCUACACUGAGAGAAGAGAUGGAAUGUCGGGGGGAGAAAAACAGGUGUGCCCCUGGAAAAGUCAUAAAAUUUAAAAACAGCAACCUGGUACAACAGAAUCAGUCAUACCUCAGUUUUAUCACCACACACUGGAUCUUAGAGGAGUGGCUCAAUCAGGCUAAAUAAACGAGUUAGAUCCAUGUUGGUACCUCCAGCGUUAGGAGAGAGGGAUCAGAGGAAGGCAGGGUGGGCUGUUAUAGGCGUCAGUCCCAGUUCUUCCUUGUGUACACACUAAAACAGCAUCUGGGACAUCUGUGUGUAUAAACAGUAGAUUUUCUGUACUGUCGUGUUUUGUGUGUUCUUGGUGUGUGUAAUUCAUCAUUGCACUUUUUGCUUAAAAAAACACACACAUUUGCUGUGUGGGAAAGGUAGCAGUUAGCUGCCUUGUUCACCAUAAACCCACAGAUGGGGAAUAAAACAGUAGCUCUCACAUGAUCUGCAGUUUAAAGCUAUUGUGAUUAUUUUUUUAUUGUCCUUCUGAUCUCAGAUCAGCUUUCAGAACCUCCAAUAACAGAGAUGAGUAAAAAUUAAAACUUUACAAAUCAAGAAAGAAAGCUCGUUUUUUUAUGUCAACUUGAUGGUCUAAGUGUGACGAACUCAAAGGCCCUCACCUGUGGAGGGUUAUGUUACCUUGAAGAGAUGUUUAUUUUACUGCACACUGCAAGCAGUAGGCGCUAGAGUCACUGUCUCCCCACCAAAGGUGUAGUGACACAGGAUUGAUUUAUUUUCCUGGUUUUUUUUUUUUUGUAAACAUGUAGCCAGGGGCCAGAGAUAUGCGUUCUUGUAAAUAUAUGUCUGUAUCAUGGUUUCUAUUUCUUAAUACAGGGACUCUGACUGUGUCUUUGUUAACACAAUAAUAUCUCAAUGUUUGCCAAAUAAUGAGUGCUGUACUCAUUCUGAUGGUAAUAACACAUCUGUUAAUUGGGAUGUUUAACAAUAUGUCAGACAAAAGCAUUUUCUUUCUUUAAGAAACAGCUAUACUAUGAAACCAGUGACUGAACAGGGAAUUGAAUGGGUGAACUGUGAUUUAUUUUUUUUCAAACAGAUUUCUAAAUGUUUUUGUUACUUUUUCCUCCUGCAUAGAUGCUUAGCACACUCUGCUUUACCUCAUCCAACACGUCCUAUCAGGGCCAGUCCCAGGUUCUAAGCAGAACUUGAAUGGGGGCCCACUUACAGUUAAAUCUCCCACCAGGAACCGUGUUCACUGUUCUUGCAACGGCAACAGUUUAUUUAACAAAUAGGAAUAAUUUUGGAUAAAGUGUUUUAGAGGAAGAUUAAUCAAAUUGUCGAGGUAGGGUGAGUUCUCUGCCUUUUUUACUCUGGCAAUCACGUCUUGUGCUUUGCAGCUGAAUCAUUAGAACCACGUAGAAGAGGUCAGGUUUAAUUGACUAUGCUUACUUAUGCUACUGAAAACUGACAAAUACAUGUUAAAAUCUCUUUGCAGCAGCUGCAGUGUGCAUGAAUGUGACCCCAGCUCAGACACAGAAAAAAUGUAUUAUCUAAUAAACCUAAUCUAUUAAAAUCUAUAUUAAAACAGAAAUGAUUAAAUUGGUAGUAAUAAAUUGACUCUAACCUGACCAUCAAACAAAAUUUCCUCGUGUGAAGACGCAUAACACAUUUGUCAGUUUUUUAAAAAUUAAAUAAAACUUCAAAUAAAUUAAAAAGUAAAAAUCUAU